AUGGAUGAUGAUUUGUAUGAGGAUGAUAUACCAUAUGAUAUAGAUCUGAUAGCUGAAGAGUUUCAAUUUUAUAACAUUGGUAACGAAAACGAAGCAGAUCAACCGGAAACAGGCAGGGACUCAGGAUACGGAACAGCUCGUUGGGAAUCCAACGAGCCUCCUCCUACAAGUAACAGUAUCAGACCCGAACACAACGUCACGAAUAAGAAGUAUUGGGAUAAUGUCCUCAAGAAAGAAAUAUUUUGUAGAUAUGAUGAGAGACAAGGCUUCUUUGAUCUGAGUCCAGAGUCUCUGGUCUACCAUGUGCUCAAGUUCAUUCGUAGUCCGUUUCACCAACAGAAUAACUCGGAAGAACGUUUAUUCCUGAUUCAGAACGACAAAAUCGUAAUGAGUAGGUUAUUCUCAUUCUCAUCGACUGAGAUCCUGGGGUGUUUACAAAGCGAAACGUUAGAAGCUAUGGUUAGUUCGUUUUUGCCCCUAGUUCAACAAUUAGAAGAAAUAAUCAAUUUUGUGGACCGUCAGGAAGCUAUUGAAAACGCGCCGAUUUUCAUUCAAUGUCUAUGCUCGGUCAUCAGAAGCUUUUUGGUUGAUUACGAAAAUUCGAUCAAUGAAUUGUCUAAGAAAAACUUAGCUCUACAAUCUCUACCUGUCGAAACUAAAACCCUGCGAGAAAAGGCACAACUGAUUCACUGCAUCAUAACUCCCAUCAAGAGUGGCCACAAGUGGAAAUGGAUUGAAGUGGAGUAUGCGUGGUUUAUUCUUAUCAACUCUACUGGUUCUUUUGCUCAUUCCUCUGCUCCAGCUAUUGCCUAUGCCGUAGAAGUCCAACAGCAAUUUCUCAAGACUUUGUUCCGAUUCUUUGAUUUUGUCUUUUCUUCAUUGGUUAUUCCUUCCGGGUUCACUGAUCAUUCCAUAUUAUUCAAUGAAAUCACGGAACCAAACCAAAUUUUCGUUAGAAAAGCGGGAGACUUGAGUCUAACAUUAUGGAGUUUGCCGUUGAUAACAGAGACGGUUCGUGCAUUGAAAUUCCGGAAAAUGCUCAAUGUGAAAUCACAUUGUGAACCAUUCUUCACAAAUGCAGCCAACGAUGAAAUGGUUGCACUAUCCAACUUCAAAGAACAUAACUUGUUCAAUGUAGAUGAGUUCAGAGAAAUCUUAUUACGUUCUUCCAAGAAAAUUUCUGAUAUGUGGUCUGCUGAACUGUUUGCGGUGACGAAAGAUAGGCAGUUGCAUGUCCUCUACAAGGACAUGAGAAUAUUACUCAUUGGAAAGUUCGCUGAUACUCUCGCUCAAUAUUUGUACAAACCAGGUCGAAAAGAAAUUUCGUUCUCUCAAGUCAUUAGGAGCUCUGGAUUAUCACGCACUAGUUUUUGGGAUUUCAACUUUAAAACGAAGAUGUUCAGUGCUACUAUUCCUCCUCCAUUGGAUUCGUUGUUCCGCAAAGCACUGGUUGAUGCUAUGAGUGGAUUUCUGGAACUGUGGUUAAAACUGUUCCGUAUGAAGGAACUGCUGGAGUCCAUAAAAUACGAUACUUUCCGCGGAAUAACCAGAGCUGUCCCAACUAAACGUCGAUUCCGAUACAUCGUCGAUAAGCUCUCUAGAAUUGUGGGAGUCAUGAGAGAACAGUUCUAUUUAACGCUGAAUCAUUUGAUUAAUCUCACCUUAAUCAAAAUAGACUCUGCUGAGAACUUCACUGAAGUAGAAUUGAUUUGCCGUGAAACGGAGACAUUGAUUAUCUCUUGGACUUCGCCGAAAUCAAGCAGUUGUGUCAAGGAUAUUCUGAGUAUAAUUCAAAUCUACGAACAACUCAUCGAUGAUAUACGACUCAAAUCCCUGGGUGGUCAUGUGGAAGAUAGCCAUAUCUCUGAUUGGAAUAAAAAGACAACAAGAUCAAUCGAAUAUCUUGUGACUAUUGAGACUAGAGCUAUCGGAGUUUCUCGGAGGAGAUAUUGGUUUGCUCUGGCUGAUGUAUCUCCUUACUUAUACUGGUUUAAAGAACGCGAUGACGUCACUGCUGUAGGCAGACUGUGCUUGACAGGAGCAGCAAUCACCUAUAACCCCCAAGAAAAAGGCAGAUUUGAAAUACAUUCUGGCAAUAACAUUCAUGUAUUAGAAGCCAGUUCAGACAAGAUGCGUGAUGAAUGGAUCAAAUCCCUACAAGAAUCUAGAAAACGAAGUCGGAAAGUUAGCACAGCCAAUGAUGACAAACUUGAAAUCGGCUCUCUGUCGUCUCAACCUUCGAAUGUGGAUAUGAACGCUGAGUUACCAAUUCUUCCAUCGCGAGCGGCAGACAUACUCAUAAACAACUACCUCGGACCACAAGCUAGUAGUUGUGAAUCUGAGACACCUUCAACUCCUAUAGAAAUUGCUGGAGAAACUUCGGAUGUCGCAAGUCCGCCUGGGUCUUACUCCAAGUUUUAUCUGAGUCCAGAUGGUCAGCUGAACGAAAAUAGUAUGGAGAUGCCAAAAGCGAUUAUCAGUCCUGAAGCAGUACUCCAACGUAUUGCGGAUAAAACCAAUGAGAGCCUUGUAGAUGUGCCUAAACGAGCUAUGGAUAUGGCUCGUAAGAGUUUCAAAAUGAAAAGAGACAGCGAAGAGGCAAAAUCUAAAAAUGAAGAAGAAUUAGGAAUGCGUUGUAGAGAACUUGAAGACCAUGUUACUCUUCUGAAUGACAUGAUCAAAACUCUGAAGAACGGUUUAGUCACUGCUCAGAAUCAAGUGGAAACACUAAGACAGUUAGAAGAAAUGCCGAGUGACAAUUCUGUGAAAGAUUUUCUUUUACAAAAAGAGAAGACUGUAACUGAUCUUCAAAUGGAAAAUAACUGCUUGCAUAGGCAGGUGCAGUUCCUGACUGUAGAGAACAGAGAUUUAGAAGACAAAGUUUCUGAUUUGACCUCUUCUGUAGAAGCUUUCCGCGAUUCUGUGCGUACAAAGGAAGAGCUGAUCAUGAGAAUGUGCGAAGAGAAAUCCGAAGAAAACAUUGGAGAAAUAGCAGUUUUAGGCGAUGUUGAUGUACCGGAAGGCAUUCUUAUUGACGUCAAUUCAGCUAUGUGCGUCGAAGCAACUCAAAAGGUUUUUGAUGAUGCCGGUGUACAUGACAUCAACGAACUAAAAGACCUUGUUGAGGGAUACAAAUCUCAAAAUAGCUUUUUGAACCAAGAAAUCAUAGAUUUGCACGAAAUAGUCCGUUCUCUGGAAAACAGAGAACGAUCUCUAAUCAAAAGGAACUUCGAAGUAGAAGCCUGUUAUUAUCAGUUGAAAAGUCGAUAUCUCAUGGUGUUGAAUCAUUUUAAGUCUCCCGAAAAACCAGGAAAAAUUAUGGAACCUGGUGUUCUAACAGAACUAUUGGACGAAGCCAAUCGUACUCCGAAAGAAAGCUCUCAAAAUGAGACUGACACCCUAGGGUUCUACCUUAAUGGAAAAGACUUAUCUUCACCUCCUCACAAAUCUUCUCCCAGUUCAGACUUAUUAGAUGUUGCAGCUCUUUACAUGGAGAAAUCUCAUAACAUUGUGAAAGCGACUAGUCUGGAACAAAGCGAGAGUUAUAUGACUUGGCUUCAAGCAUGGGAUAGUCUUCUAGUGAACUGGGUAGGACGGUCACUGUCAGCAACUCCAGAACUCAAAAGUUUAGUUCGGAGUGGAGUACCACCGGCAUAUCGUGGAAGAGUUUGGAAAAGCCUUGUUUUGUUAUCGGUGAAGGACAAGAUUGCUGAGCUAGGAAAUGGAUAUUACCACUGCAUGUUGAAAAAAGCUAAUUCGAAGAAAGAAGAAGGUAUUUUUGACAACGCUAUUAAGCAGAUAGAUCUGGAUCUUGCACGAACCCUUCCUAAUAACAAACAUUUUGAUGAUUCGGAGUCCAGCAAGAUUGAAAUGCUUAGGAGGGUGUUGUAUGCAUUCCGCUACCAUAACAAAGAUGUUCAGUAUUGUCAAGGCCUGAACAGAUUUGCUGCUAUAGCAUUGCUGUACCUGGAAGAAGAAGAUGCGUUCUGGUUCAUGGUUGCUUGCGUUGAGCAUCUGCAGCCUGAAGGAUAUUAUACGAAUCCAUUGAAUGGAGCUGUUGCCGAUCAAAAAGUUUUACGAGAUCUCGUGGCUGAGAAACUUCCCAAGCUAGCAACUCAUCUAAAAUCUGCCGAGGUUGAUCUUUCAUUGUUCACUUUGCCUUGGUUCCUCACCUGCUUUGUUGAUGUUUUGCCCCACUCUAUAUACCUUAGCAUAUUUGAUAUAUUUUUGUACGAAGGAAACAAGGUUUUGUUCCGUUUCGCUCUUGCGGUUCUGAAGCAAUGUGAAUCUGCCGUUUUGAACUGCAAAACUAUUGGUACUGUUCAUGCAUGUUUGAGUAGACCAUCGACGUAUAUCACAGAAUUUAAAAGUUUGUCAAAUAUAGCUUUUAAUAGUUUGAAUCCUUUCCCACAGAAAAUGAUAGAAAGCAAACGGCAGAUGUACUUGAACCAGUUAAAGGAGCAACAAUAG